CAUUGGUGAAUCAUUUUUUUUCCAUUAAUAUUUGUUUGUACUCACUCAUCUUUCUCUCUCUUCUUCUUCUUUUUUCACUUCCACUUUCUCUCUCUCCUCUUUGUGUGUACUUUGCUUCAUAUUAUACCGACAUGGCUCCAAUCUAAUGGGGUUUAACCAUUUCUGCUUCUACAACUCAAUCUAACAUCUUCUGCUUCAAGACCUUUAUGCUGAAGACUUAAUAGAAAUCUGAGUUAUGGCUAUGCAAACUGUUUAUCUGAAAGAACAUGAAGGAAUUGCACACAAUUUUGUGGGGCAAUUAUCAUCUGGUACUAAUAAUUCAGCUGCUGCACCAUGGUGGAGUGGUUUUGGAUCUCAAUCCCUUUAUGGUGAGUCUGGUGGCCAAAUCAAAUCCUUUUCAUUGGAGCCACCUAUGUCUGUUGUUGACCAACUUGCUUCAAGUAAGCAAUCUGCUAGAGGAACUGAACAUGUGUUUGGAAAAGGGCAUACCAAUCACUUUACCAUCUUUCCAGAUGAUUUUAAGAUGUCAGGUGAUGCACAAAAGCCUCAUACAGCCAUAUCAUUGCAGUCGGCAGUCCCUGAUACCCCGAAUCGCUUUGAGCUGGGAUUUGGUCAACCUAUGAUCUGUACAAAGUAUCCUUAUGCAGAUCAAUUUUAUGGACUCAUCUCAACCUAUGGACCUCAAAUUCAAGGACGUAUUAUGCUGCCCCUUAACAUGACAUCUGAUGAUGGACCGAUUUAUGUGAAUGCUAAGCAAUACAAUGGAAUCAUUAGACGCCGGCAGUCCCGCGCCAAAGCUGUACUUGGUCACAAAUUGAUUAAACGUAACAAGCCCUACAUGCACGAGUCACGCCAUCUCCAUGCAAUGCGGCGACCGAGAGGAUGUGGUGGUCGUUUCUUAAACACAAAGAAAUCUGCCAAUGGAGAUGGUAAAACUGGAAGUAAAGUGCAUAAAUUCGGCGGUCAACAAUUGCAGUUCAGUGGUUCUCAGAGUUCUGAACUCCUUGAAUCUGAUGUUGGAACUUUAAACUCUUCAAAGGAAACUAAUGGAAGCAGUCCAAAUAUUUCUGGAUCAGAGGUGACUAGUUUGUAUUCGAGGGGAAAUCAUGACAGCUUUACCGUCGAUCACCUUGGAUCUUCUGUCCUCUCUAUGGCAGACAUGAUCGAUGGUGGGCGUGGUGUUAUCAUGCCGACCAAAUGGGUUGCAGCUGGCAACUGCUGUAACCUUAAAGCUUGAUUUUGUAAAGAAUCAAGUGGGUUUGGUGUGAUAUUGUACCAAACCCUGUCCUUGAUAAGACCAGAUGACUAUAGGCUCGUCCUGACGUUUGGUCUUAGGCAAUCCAUCCUUGGCUCAUUACUUUGGCAACUCAUCCUGGCUCAUUACUUUGGCAAAUCAUCCUUGGCUCAACGUACCUUAAGUAAACUGUCUUUGUGUUUUUACACGGGAUAGACUUGGUACGAUUAUCCUAAUACAGAAGGCUACUAUGUGUCUUUUUCGAUGUGAAAAGAAGGCACUAAAAUUAUGAUUCUAGUUAUAAAACUUGGUAUGAUUAUCCUGUUACAGAAGGCUAUUAAGUGUCUUUUUCGGUGUGAAUAAGGCACUAAUUUCUAAUUCUAGUUAUGUGUGGUUUUAGUAAUGUCUAAUGUGGUGUUUUAUUUAUGUAUUUCUGACUUUGGGGAGCAAUGUAUCAUAUAACUAUGAUCUGUAGAUCUUUGUUGGAAAAAUAAAAGCACUGGUUUGUAUUUUCACUA